AUGGAUCAAGACGGUCUUGAAUCCAUUGAUGCUGAUACGAACGACCGUAUCUCCGGUCUAUCUCGUGAAGAGGCAUCUAUACAUCCGCAAUUGUCUGCAUUCAUGCCAAACCCGAUAUCACCUCCCGGCCUAGGGGACCUGGAAGCUCUCGAGCGUCUCAAGAAUGCCAUUAAGAAUAAUCAGCAUGAACUCUUUCGCGCGGUUCCUAGGCCUGCAGUUCUGGCCAGUCUCUGGCAAGGUCCAGCGACUACCGGUUCAGAUUCAGAUGGCCCUGUGUCGCAGCCUACAGAACGGCAACUGGAUUCUUCCUCAGAAUUGGCUGGCUCCCGGAAUGAGUCUCGGAACGGUUCAAUUGGCGCUCCCGUUUUCCCACAGAACGCAACUUUCCUUGGUACUCGAGAUCCUUCUGUUGCAUCUGUUCCGAAUGGGUCGUCCGGGCAUCAAGUUGAACCCAUCACGCUCUCUACAGAUUCGCCAAAUGAAGCUAUCUCCCACGCUGCCAUUACGCAUUCAGAGGCUGUGGAAGAUGUCAAGCCCGAAAUGAGCGUCGAGCCUCUGACACCCUUGACACAGACCUCCAUGUCCUCCUCUCAGGAUCAUGCCCUUGAACACGCCAUUGAGUCUCACACUGAUGCUAUAUCUUCGGAUCAUGAUAAUCGCUCGCAUGAUGGGUCCUCUCACGAAGGGCGACGUGAACAGACUACGGAUCAUAUCUCUUCUCCUCCGCCUGUUGGCUCUCUGGAUGCUCCUCCCGUUCUGGAUAACGCUCGGCAGCUUGAUAACAUAGAAUCCAAAACCAACGAGCAACCUCAGGAAGAGAUUAGGAACAUAUAUGAACGACCACCUGAGCUCGCGAGGCGCCUAGACUUGGAGUCACGUAUUGAACCUCGUUCUCGCACUUCACGCUACGAGCAUCGGUCAGAGCCUCAUCUACAUCCUCGAAACGAACAUUUUCGUUCGGAAACUGGACGUGGGCGCGAUUCAGAACGAUCGACCCACCUUCCGCAUGCGAUGGCUGAUCGUCCCACUAUCUCCCGCCCCAGACUUGAGGAUAGGAUGGCCGACGGAUUGAGAUCUGAGCCCCGUGGCGUCGCAGUGCUCGAUGAUCGCCGGCCCGUACCGGAUAGACCAUCUAAUGCUGUCUUCAAGCUUUCAACGAAUGGAGUCUCCAGUCCAGCGGAGCGGCGACCAUUUUCGGAGAGCAGACGUUUCGAAGAGGGUAGAAACUCCGAAGGUCUUCACUCCAAAGACGAGGAUCCUCGUGGCUUGGAUAAUGAUCGCAGAGCGCCCGUUCAGCGCCGUCCUUCUGUGAGCGAGCGCCGCCCUGUAUUUGUGGAGCGCCGAGGGCCUCACGCUCCCGCGGAGAGGCGCGAUCUUGUUGAUACACGGCCGGCCAACGAGGCAAAUCAUCUUGACGACGAUGCCCGCCGUCGUUCGCUGGUCGAGCAACAUUCACACGAUUUGAAUAGCCGUCCGCUUUCUCACUCUUUCGAUCAUCGUGCACCUAUGCUUGAAGAAAGGCGCCCAUCUCUCGAUGGCAAGCGCCGAGUGGCUUCGCCUGACGCUAUCAGUGCUACUCAUUCUCUAUCCUCGCCGCCCGGAGUUAUAUUUGCACGCUCCCGGUCUAUGGUGCCAUCUUCUGCAUCGAAUGGCCAGCCGUCUUCUCCAAGCCCUGUUGCUCAGAUCUCGGAACGCCCUGAUACUUCCAUUGUUCGGACACCAUCUCUGAAAGAGCGUAUCAGCGAUGCACCACCUCUACCUGCUCGUUCUGAGGAAACAGGUCGCACGUUGCCACCGCGCAUGGCAGGUUCUGUCCAUGCUCUGGAAGCCCGGAACCGCACACUGUCGACCACAAGUCCCCGCGGCGCGACUGAUAGUCGGUCUCAGCGACCUGUUGAGCCAGAACAAGAUGCGCCACGUUCAGACAGAAUGCCAUCCAGCCCAGAACGUCUUUCUUACCCUCCACAGGCUCGCCCUCCACCCCUUGAUCGUGAAGACCGUCGUCCGCCGCCGCCGAAUGAAUUCCGCGAACGUCGUCCGGAUCCGCCUGUGGAACGGCCGCGCACAAUGAGCUACAUACGCCCAGAAUCCCCCGUAUCGCGUCCACGCCCUGCGACCAUGGCCCGCCCUCGUACGCCCAUAUCAGCUACACGACCACCGCCACCGCCAUCAUUGGAUUACCGUCGCGAUACCCGACCCAACAUUCGUCCCAGAACCCCCGAAUUGCGCCAUCGGUCCCUAGAACGCCGACCCGCAAACUACGAUCGCCCGCCACCACCGCCACCUCCCCCCGAUCGCCGUGUCGACGUACCCAGGCUCGAGACGCGCGGCGGCCCUCCGCCCACCGUCUCUCACCGUCGUUAUGAACCUCCUGCGCCCCCUCGUCCUGUGUCACCCCCACCCAGAGAGCGGUACCCCGCCGAACCGCCUCGGAGAGAACCGCAGCGCCCUCCCGUCCGGGCAGAGUAUCAAGGGAGACCCGCCUAUGAUACUCGCGCGCCACUGGAUACCCGGCCUCCGCCCGCACCACGACCGUACGAUGAUAGAGGUCGCGCGCCGCCGGCACGAGUCGCUCCAGAGUGGGAGCGCGAGCCCUACCGCGCUGCGCCCGCCCCUGCGCCGAUACGCGACGAUCGUAGGAUGGACAUUGGGCGCCCGCGGGAGCUCGAGCGAGCGGCUCCUCCACCUCCGCGUGAUCCGUUCUAUCCACCUGGUCCGAAACCCGCUACGUACGACCGCCCGGCGCCGUACCUCCCACCGACACCAACAAGCGCAGCCUACCCGCCCUACAACGAACCGCGUACUCGACCCCGGAGUCGCAGCCCAAUCGAUGACCGGCGCCCACCCCUGAAGCGCCCGCGCGAUGAUGCAUACGACUAUGGGAGAGAGGCGCGCGAUAGGGAGUACUAUGCUGCACCGGGCCCACCCCCGCCUGUGGGCGUGUAUGAACGCAACAGGAGGACGCCGCCACCCUCGGCCGUGCCAUACCGGCGAUGA